AUGAUGGACUUGACUUUUGGUCCAGAGGCCAAGGCAGCCAUUCGGAAUCGCGAGCGAGCCGCCCUCGGUCUUCCCGCUCUGGGUCACGAAGUCCCAUUCCUAUGGACACCAGAAACAAUCGAUCAAGAGAGGCCAAGCGAGCACUCCAUCUAUGCCACUGUUCCUGCGCCGCAGUUGUAUCGCAACAACUUGACCGCACUAUCCCAAGCAUACAAUUUGUACUUUGUGGCCUAUCAGAGCCAAAUCUACGUCUAUGUGCCGCGAAGCAUAGCGAGACAGCGGCUCCCACGCCAGCCUGAUUACCGGCUGCGCUGCGAGCCCAGCAGUGUUGCACCGUACAUCGGAAGCUAUAUAGAUCGAGUAGUGCCUCAUUCUAUCAACAACCUCGUGGCGGGAUUUCUAGGAAACGAAGAGGCUCUUGUCGCCUGCUGCGAUGACGGUGAAGUCUACGCAUACUACACAAGAGAAAUCGCCGAAUGGAUAUCGAAUCAGAAAAAGUCACCUCUUGCACACCCAGGCGGUUCAAUAAGAUGCAAGUCAACGUCGGCGAAGCCACCCGUUCACUUCUUUCGCGAGAACGUAGGAAUCUCAGCGUGGGGCUUGGCAGUACACAGGCAAUCGCGUAUGAUUGCCGUCAGUUCUAAUCGCCGGGAAGUGACCGUGUUUGCGUUCGCGUUGGAAAAUUCCAAGAAACAGAGCCCGCCGCCGAAUGACAAAGACGACGCAGCGGGCAAUGGGCCGGCAGCCUUUGCACGAACACGCAGCAAAAACUGGCGAAUCAUCCUCGCGCUUGGCCACCAGGCAAACAAUAUUCCCAACAUAUGCUUCAUGGACGACGACCGCGGCGAAGCUGACAAGGUUUGCUCAAUCGACAUUGAUGGAUAUACCUGGAUCUCGGAGAUCUGGGCGGCCGGCCGGCCGGCCUUGUGCAUCAGGCCAUCGGCUGCAAAUUUACGGCGCAGUGAGGAAAACCUUGCGGAAACUUCACGAGCCUGGGGCAUUUUGGCCUUGUCCAACGACAGCUUCUUGACAGUCGAUACUGUGGAGGACCUCAUUGGCGGAACACCCCGUGUAAUACUCCCUGUCAACAAGUCAUGCCCGCAACCGAUGGCUGAUCUUGAGACUUGUGUUCGAGCGAUACCCGAUAACCCGUGUCCCGCGCCCGAUGCCGGCUUGGAUCGAGCGCUGGACAUGGUCUGGCCAGGUCAGAAUGCUCUUCAUGCAAUAGUCAAUUUUCUCGGGACAGCCACCGCGACCGCCGCAGCCAACGUCCAUCUUGGAGAUGAUUCGGGCGAUGAAGAGUUGUCAACUGAUGAGCAAUUUGACGAUGAAUUUGAGGACUCUGGUGCUGAAGAUAACGGCGAUGACGAAGAUGACGCCGAUGAUGAAGAUGAUGAAGAUGAUGAAGAUGACGACGGCGACGAUGACAACGAAGCCAACACCGAAAAUGAGACUGGUCAGGCCGAAGCCGCGGAAGAAGUGGACAGUGAUGAUGACUUGAAUGAGCUAUCAGCAAUAGCCGAGCCUCUUCUACCAGAGAUGUUUGAACCAUUGCACCUCCCCACCCCCUGGUCCUUCACUAGACCGUCUAUACCAACUUCCGCCUAUCCGCCAACUUUGAAGUUGAAAUGGCAAGAAAUGGGUGAGAACUUGGUCUAUUAUCCGCACUUGGGUCGGAUUGUACCCCUACCGCAGGGUACACUUCCGUUGGUAGGAUUUCUCAAGCAACCACGUGAAGUUAGUGACUCUCCACAUGCUGUUCCUGAUCCUGCUUCAGGGGCCUAUCGUCUCGUGCGCAUGUACGAGAAAGAUCUUGAGCUGAGAAGUCUCGAGAUAAAGGACAUUGAGGAGGAAAAGGAAAUUGGCAUUCACUGCCCGGACACUCUGACACUUGGGAGCUUCCACGACCGAAACAUGCGGCCCUAUUUUCGAGGCGCUAGCCGGAUGAGCCUGAUCCUCCAUGUACCAGAGCUUUCGCUUCUGAUUAUCGGGUCGCCCAUAGGCAGAGUACUCCUCCUCACGCCAACUCGACUUCCGAGUCGGCAGAGCACAGCGGCUGGGUACUGGAGCCACGGGCUUCGCGUGGAGUGGGUGCUGCCUCGCGCCUCGGAUGACAUUUCCAGCGGGCCGCAGAGACGGCCUCUCCAUGGCGUCGCAGUAGGGCCUGUCCAGGACAAAUGUGGUGUGUGCAGGCCAGGUUCGCAGCAUGCGUCCAUCCCCCGUCGUUAUCGAUUGAUGCUACAUUAUCGCAAUCACGAUAUUGCCACGUUUGAAAUUACGAGACAGGAACAGACGGGAAAGUUGUGCAUCUUUUGA